CGUGACUGCUUCUCAAAUACCGGAAGUAGUUGUUGUGUUGUUGUUGCACCACAGCUGCUGUCAUGUGAUAGCCUGUCUGAGCAAGCUGCUGUGAUCAGUAGCUUUUUACCUUUGUCCGGGAGUAAAUUAAAAGCAGGCAGGCGAGCAGCUUUAUGUUCGUUGCGGAAGAAUCACUCGGCUCGUUUGUGAAGGAGAGCAGGGAAGCCGGGGUUGUGUAGUUUGACCCCUCGGACGCAGCCAUGGGGUGCUGUUACAGUGGCGAGGACGGCAACUCCAGAGAGAAGCCUGAGGAGACUGACCCACUGAUCCCCCAUCCGAACCCUGUGAGCAAACCUCCAAAUGGGACAGAGUGGCCCACCCCCGGUGUCCCCUCUCCACCAACAGAUGGACAAGCCCUCCUUACAUCCAUCUUGACAAAGACUGCACAGAACAUAAUUGACGUCUCAGCAGCUGACUCUGUUGUAAUGGAGCAACAUGAAAUCAUGGACAAAGCUAGGCAGUACAGUACAAAACUGGCUAUGUUGAGCACCAGCUUGCCUCAGAAGAAAGCCCUCACUCUUCCCUCCCUAACUAGCCAGCCCCACCAAGUGCUUGCAAGUGACCUGGUGCCAUACUCAGAUGUUCAGCAGGUAUCCAAGAUAGCAGCUUACGCUUACAGUGCAAUCUCUCAAAUCAAAGUGGAUACUAAAGAGGAACUGGUCGUCCAGUUUGCCAUUCCUUGACUGUCCCCCUGCAUAUUGUUCCUCCCGCCCCACUCGCUCUGCGCCACUCCUGCUUCAUCGUACUCCAGCCCACCUUUUUUUUUUAUUUUAUUAAAGCAUUUUGGUCGUAGAGGUAUGCUUCGUAGCUCUGCCACGAACUUUUGUGAAGACAGGAAGUGAAUCACCUCCCACCAGAAAAAAAACCCCAACUGUCUUUUAGUAAAAUUCUGAAGCGUUAUUGCCAGAGGGCUGUGGAGGUGGGUUUCGAGUUUUUGAGCGAUGUGUAUGAUGAUCUACUUCAGUGAGGCCUUCUCUGUGUGUAACGCAUGCAUUAGGCUUUGUCCAAAAGAUGUAAAAUAAAUCAAUAUUCAUAAUAUUUUUAGGUUUUCAGGGUCCUUUCAGUGUCUUUUGACUUUACUUUUAGAUGGGCACACUGUAGUCACACCAUGUUAUCAAAUGAGACAGCUGCAGGAUAUUUGGCUCAUGGAUCACACCCUGGCUAUGAUCGAUAAGUCAUAUUGUGUGGGACAUUUUAAAUUUUUACAGUGCAGUGGAUGUGACGGACAGUCGUAGUUUUUUACUUGCAAAGAACUUGGGACAUGACUUCAUAUUUGUACAUCAUAUAAGUUUAAAACUAAAGUAUUUUUCAGUUAGUUUUCUCUAAAAAGGAAAAAAAAAGUCAAUUCCUGCUUGAAAAGAGUAAUUAGCAUCUUUCUCUGCUGAGAAAUUACACUGUUGUGUCACCCUGCAUUGAACAGCAGGCCUGAUGAAUAAAGGCAGAUCAUCUGGUGUCAUUCUCAAUCAAGAAAAACAACAACUUUAGUUUCAGUUUUCAUUUCAGCUCCUGAUGAUUUAAUCUGUCUUUCACCUGACCAUAUCAUGAUUAACCUGUUCAUUUCCGGAGGAUAAGGAUUCAAACGCAAGCAGAGGUGUGGGCUGGUUGGACCGCCUGAAAUGUUUUAGCUUAACGGACGAGUUUACAGACAGAUGUAUGAGUAUCCUGCCCUCCUGAUGAAUUGGGCACAAACUCAACAUUUUAAAUGACAGGGUUAGAAAAUCAAGUACGAAGCGAGUGGCCUGUGGAGGAUGCAAAGACUCGCUGUAUGAUCGUUACCUUUGUACAGAAUUUUCCGAUCGACUACAUCUGUAGCUGGUGGAUCUUUUGAAGGUCCUGCGGGACGACAGUUUUUUAGGAAACAAAAAUGCUUUUCAGGUCUGCGAUUGUUAGCUUUUUACUCAAAGCCUCCCCCCACACCCCCGGAUUGAGGUUUUCAUAUUAAUCAGAAACUAACUUGUUGCAGCAUGGAAGAGUGUUAAUCUAUUUACCCGAGGAGAUUAAGUAACCUCAGAUCUUUUGCCGAUUAUUUAUGUGUUUUUGUUUCUAAUUGUACAUGUGCUCUGUAAGGGAGGGCGCAACAUGAGAUGAUCUCAAGUCGCUAAAGGGAGCCUGCAAGACUAUUUAUACCACACAACUGAUUAGAGCUUUUGUUAUGCAAUGGAUUCUUGGCAUUUUUUUUUUCUGUUACUUAAAUGUGUAAUACAUGGAAGACUGUAUGUUUGUACUAUCUUAGGCUAGUACCAAAAAGCUAAAAAAAAAUUAUUAUUUUUUUUUGGUUUAAUAAGUUCAUUAAAAAGUUUCAAGAAAA